AUGCGACUCAAGCCCCUGCGAGCAAUCGCCGCUUUUGCGGCUGCGUCUCUGCAGUUUCAGGACGCGAUUCUCUUCGACUACGCAAGAUAUGGCAAUUGUGUGCGCCGGUUGAGUUCAGCAUCAUCGCCUGCACACGGGGAUGCAGCGUUCGGGCCGUUCGCGGGGGUUAUAGGCGCAUCAGUGCCUAUCACCUCCAACGUUGAAACAGGAAAUCUGCAGGCACACGAACCGCAACAGCAAAUCGCCCAGCCCUCGCGACCAAUCCGCGAGAGACAAAUCCAUCGAUACCCUGUUCGCGAGAGCCCCUCCGCGAGCCUGCUUCGCCACACGAGUGAUGGAAGGCCCCGGCCAGGCGACGAGACUGCGCCGACGAACGCGGAGCGCGGUAGCUCAGUGAAACAACCUGCCACUUCAAAUGCUCCCCACGAAACCCGCGAGUCUGCUUCUCAGCUCACGCCAGCUGUGGGCCACCCGGCAGCUCGCGACACACUUCCUCCGCCGCGUUCUCUAACGCCACCGCCUCAGCGCCCGGGACGAGACGGGGGCGUGGCCAGCGGACGUGCGUGCUCUGCCUCGUGUGCCGAGGAUUCUAAACCGAGCUCGGCGCCUCGACCUGCUGCGUCGACGGGGGCCCCCGUGCCAACUGACCACCCCUCCCCAGCAUCGUCGGGUCCGGAGUCCACGCAUGAGGAGGACCUGGGCCCUCUGAUCGAGAAGGCGUUUCUUGAUGCCGGAUGGAGUGACGAUAUGAGCGCAUCCGAUGCGGUCAUGUUUCUCAGUCGCUCAAUGCUCGCCUUGAGGGGGGGGGCGACACAAGGUCAUGAUGAUCACGCAAGUGUUUCCAGCACCGAUAGCCCCCGGAUAGCAGAACGGCCUUCAACGCUCGCAAAUGAACCAGGGUUACCCUUCAUCCACCCGCCCACGUCAGCAGUGCCCGGCACUGGCGUCAACUACAGUGGCGCCCUACAGGUGGACACCAACAGCGAGCGCGAAGGGCGCAGGCGGGCCGCCUCGAAGACGCCAGCUUCACCCCUGUUGGGCGGCAGCGGCGUGUCGAGUUCGACAGAAAAAAAAUUGGCCACCUCCGUGAACAAGCCUCCGCGAGCAGAUGCUUCCCAAGGAACCCGUGUGACUGUCCCGCGGCUCACGCCGGCUGUGGGCCACCCGGCAGCUCGCGACACACUUCCUCCGCCGCGUUCUCUAACGCCACCGCCUCAGAGCCCGGGACGAGACGGGGGCGUGGCCAGCGGACGUGCGUGCUCUGCCUCGUGUGCCGAGGAUUCUAAACCGAGCUCGGCGCCUCGACCUGCUGCGUCGACGGGGGCCCCCGUGCCAACUGACCACCCCUCCCCAGCAUCGUCGGGUCCGGAGUCCACGCAUGAGGAGGACCUGGGCCCUCUGAUCGAGAAGGCGUUUCUUGAUGCCGGAUGGAGUGACGAUAUGAGCGCAUCCGAUGCGGUCAUGUUUCUCAGUCGCUCAAUGCUCGCCUUGAGGGGGGGGGCGACACAAGGUCAUGAUGAUCACGCAAGUGUUUCCAGCACCGAUAGCCCCCGGAUAGCAGAACGGCCUUCAACGCUCGCAAAUGAACCAGGGUUACCCUUCAUCCACCCGCCCACGUCAGCAGUGCCCGGCACUGGCGUCAACUACAGUGGCGCCCUACAGGUGGACACCAACAGCGAGCGCGAAGGGCGCAGGCGGGCCGCCUCGAAGACGCCAGCUUCACCCCUGUUGGGCGGCAGCGGCGUGUCGAGUUCGACAGAAAAAAAAUUGGCCACCUCCGUGAACAAGCCUCCGCGAGCAGAUGCUUCCCAAGGAACCCGUGUGACUGUCCCGCGGCUCACGCCGGCUGUGGGCCACCCGGCAGCUCGCGACACACUUCCUCCGCCGCGUUCUCUAACGCCACCGCCUCAGCGCCCGGGACGAGACGGGGGCGUGGCCAGCGGACGUGCGUGCUCUGCCUCGUGUGCCGAGGAUUCUAAACCGAGCUCGGCGCCUCGACCUGCUGCGUCGACGGGGGCCCCCGUGCCAACUGACCACCCCUCCCCAGCAUCGCCGGGUCCGGAGUCCACGCAUGAGGAGGAUCUGGGCCCUCUGAUCGAGAAGGCGUUUCUUGAUGCCGGAUGGAGUGACGAUAUGAGCCCAUCCGAUGCGGUCACGUUUCUCAGGCAAUCAGUUGAAGCACUGGAUGUGGCAGGAGCCGGCGGUCAUGGGAUGCAGGAGAGUGCGAAGGAGCGUUGGCGUGUGGAUAGAGAACUCGAAAAGGGGCGAACGAGCCGUGCGGGUAUCGGUGAAUCAUCGACGGGGCUGGUGCCGGGCAGGGGAAGCGGUGCAUGCACAUUCGACAGAUGCGAUGGAAGAAUGGGAGAGUCAAGCGCGUCUCGGCGCUCUACUAGUGGUGAUUUACAUUCGCCGACGGAUGCUCGCGCAUCGCUAUCGACGACGAUGUUGGGACGUAGUCCUGGCGCAAGCUCGACAGCGCCGGUACCGCAAGGCUUCCAGGGCGGCACGGUCACCGCCCUGGCAAAGCUAGAACAGCCAGCACUCGAUGUCGCGGCGGGGACGGCACCUGCGUCCGCCGUCCCGAUCGUCGACUUGGAAAACAGAUACGCGGAGCCGCCAAUCUGCAAAUACACGUCCAACUCGGCGCAAGGCAACCUGUCCUUCAAAAAACUGCCCGGACGUCUUCGGCUCAGCUCCCGAAAGGAAGAAAGCCCGAAAAGGAUUUCCUAG